GCAGCCAUGUCACCAUUUCUUCGAAUUGGUUUGUCCAACUUUGACUGUGGGUCCUGCCAACCAUGUCAGGGAGAAGCUGUUAACCCUUACUGUGCUGUGCUUGUCAAAGAGUAUGUUGAAUCAGAGAAUGGGCAGAUGUAUGUUCAGAAAAAGCCAACCAUGUACCCACCCUGGGACAGUACUUUUGAUGCCCAUAUCAACAAGGGGAGAGUAAUGCAAAUCAUUGUGAAGGGCAAAAAUGUGGACCUGAUAUCUGAAACUACUGUAGAGCUCUACUCCCUGGCUGAGAGAUGCAGGAAGAACAAUGGGAAGACAGAAAUAUGGUUAGAACUGAAACCUCAAGGCCGAAUGCUAAUGAACGCAAGAUACUUUCUGGAAAUGAGUGACACAAAGGACAUGAGUGAAUUAGAGAGUGAAGGCUUCUUUGCUUUGCAUCACCGCCGAGGAGCCAUCAAGCAGGCCAAAGUCCACCAUGUCAAGUGUCAUGAGUUCACUGCCACCUUUUUCCCACAACCCACUUUUUGCUCCGUUUGCCAUGAGUUUGUCUGGGGUCUGAACAAACAGGGCUACCAGUGCCGACAAUGCAAUGCAGCAAUUCACAAGAAGUGUAUUGAUAAAGUUAUAGCUAAGUGCACAGGAUCAGCUAUCAAUAGUCGAGAAACCAUGUUUCACAAGGAGCGGUUCAAAAUUGACAUGCCACAUCGAUUUAAAGUCUACAAUUACAAGAGCCCGACUUUCUGUGAGCACUGUGGGACUCUGCUGUGGGGACUGGCAAGACAAGGACAGAAGUGUGAUGCAUGUGGAAUGAAUGUACAUCACAGAUGCCAGGCAAAAGUGGCCAACCUUUGUGGCAUAAACCAGAAGCUAAUGGCUGAAGCCCUGGCAAUGAUUGAAAGCACUCAACAGGCUCGCUGCUUAAGAGACACUGAGCAUAUCUGCAGAGAAGGUCCAGUUGAAAUUGGUCUCCCACACUCCAUGAAAGAUGAAACAAGGUUGCCACAAUUACCAGCACCGGGGAAAAGAGAGCAUCAAGGAAUCUCCUGGGAUUCUCCAAUGGAUGAGGGGGAUAAAGUGUGCCAACUUCCAGAACCUGAACUGAACAUAGAAAGACCAUCUCUACAUAUGAAACUGAAAAUUGAGGAUUUUAUCUUACACAAAAUGUUGGGGAAAGGAAGUUUUGGCAAGGUCUUCCUAGCAGAGUUCAAGAAAACCAAUCAAUUUUUUGCAGUAAAAGCCUUAAAGAAAGAUGUGGUCUUGAUGGACGACGAUGUGGAGUGUACAAUGGUAGAGAAGAGAGUCCUCUCAUUGGCCUGGGAGCAUCCAUUUUUAACGCACAUGUUUUGUACAUUCCAGACCAAGGAAAACCUCUUCUUUGUAAUGGAAUAUCUCAACGGAGGAGACUUAAUGUACCACAUCCAAAUCUGCCACAAGUUUGAUCUUUGCAGAGCUACGUUUUAUGCUGCUGAAAUUAUUCUUGGUCUGCAGUUCCUUCAUUCCAAAGGAGUUGUAUACAGGGACCUGAAGCUAGAUAAUAUCCUGUUAGACAAGGAUGGUCACAUCAAAAUAGCAGACUUUGGAAUGUGCAAGGAGAACAUGUUAGGGGACGCAAGGACAAAUACUUUCUGCGGAACUCCUGACUACAUUGCGCCAGAGAUCUUGCUAGGUCAGAAAUACAACCAUUCUGUUGAUUGGUGGUCCUUUGGUGUUCUCCUUUAUGAAAUGCUCAUCGGUCAGUCACCUUUUCAUGGGCAAGAUGAAGAAGAGCUCUUCCACUCCAUCCGCAUGGACAAUCCCUUCUACCCACGAUGGCUUGAGAAGGAAGCCAAAGACAUUUUAGUGAAGCUCUUUGUGAGAGAACCAGAAAAGAGACUGGGAGUGAGGGGAGACAUCCGCCAGCAUCCUUUGUUUCAGGAGAUCAAUUGGGAAGAACUUGAAAGAAAGGAGAUUGAACCACCUUUCAAGCCUAAAGUGAAAUCACCAUAUGACUGCAGCAAUUUCGAUAAAGAAUUCCUGAAUGAGAAACCUCGGCUGUCAUUCGCUGACAGAGCACUCAUCAACAGUAUGGACCAGAACAUGUUCAGAAACUUUUCCUUCAUUAACCCAGGGAUGGAGAGGCUGAUAUCCUGAAUCCCUCCUCUCCAGAGACACAAAGGAACUUGCCUUCUCUCUGUGAACUUGUUCAAGCAACAUUUCUGGGGUUCCUUUUUCAACUUGGAGAAGAUAAGAAACACUCAUCAAUAAAGGCUGAGACCUUUUAGCUCCUCAUGUGACUUUUUAUCUGUAGCAGAAACCAACGGCCACUAAUGACAAAGCCCUUUGGUUUAUCUCCUGCCAUCUCUCACAGAUGCUCUUGAAGUUAGAUCGUU